AAAGGGUUGGGAUUUCAUUAAUAAAAGCCUCAGCAGAGGAGGUUUGGGAAUCAAACCCUCAGAGAAACGGAACGGUGAAGCAGAUCCGUUCUGAAGACGAGACAGAGAAGACUCCCAGAAGACGACGCCCCCCCCUUCACCCCCCCCUUAUGAUGCCUACGACUACAAGCAUGUCUCACAUGAUCCCCAGCCACGUUCUCCGGGUGGGUCAGACGGUCCGCAUGGACGCGCCGCAGCAGGACGCCGCCCGGACUCUGUCCAGGACCGGGUCCAGGACCGGGUCCAGCGGACACUGUGAGGACGAGGAACUGGACAUGUCCCUGGAAAACCUCAACCAGCUCAUCCUGGAACUGGACCCGGCGUUCCAGCCCAUCCCGCUCACCAGGAGCCCCACGUGCAGGAGCCCCGCCACAGAUUCCUUCUGCUCCGAUGACCUGGACGACGUUUCCCGCGGCGUCCUGGUUCCUCGAGGAUGCGCCCCGAGCUCGUCGCCCACGGCGACGCCGUCGGCGUCUCCCAGCAUCCCCAUCCCGACCCGCUGCAGUCCCUGCUGCAGUCCACACGGGGCGCUGGUGUUCUCCAGCUCGCCGGCGUCCUCGCUGCCGCCGCUGGGGUUCUCCGGCUCGCCGGCGUCCUCCCUCCCGCCACUGGUGUUCUCCGGCUCGCCGGCGUCCUCGCUGCCGCCGCUGCCGUCCGGCAGCGCGCCCAGGCGGAUCCCCUCCCCCAAGCAGGACUUCUCCCAGGGUUCCUUGCGGCUGUCGUGCUCCAACAGAAACAGCACCGCCUCGCUGCUCUCCAUGUCCACGUGCUCCGACACCAGCUACAUCCUCGGCAGCCUCCUGUCCCUGGCCGGGGACGACGGGGACUCCCCGGACUCGCUGCCCCCCGGCACUCCCCGCUCGGCCAAACACCUGCUGGACCUCCCGGGGAAACUCCCUUGGGGUUCUGGUUCCCCGUCCGGGUCCCAGACCGACAUCCCCCUCCUGCUCAUCAACGGGGCCCCGGAACCGGACCUGGACCUGGACCUGCACCUGCCGGAGCCGGACCUGCCGGACCUGCACCUGCCGGAGCCGGACCUGCCGAGUCCCGGGCCGCGGCCGGACCAGACCCACGGCGUCCCCCCGUCACCUCGUAGGUGCUCCGGGUUCCAGACCAGUCAGCCGUCCAUGAGGUUCGUCAUGGACACGUCCAAGUUCUGGUUCCGGCCCCACGUCAGCAGGUCCGAAGCUGAAAACCUGGUGAAGGACGAGAACGCGGGAACCUUCGUGAUCCGGGACAGCACCUCUUACCGGGGCAGCUUCGGCCUGGCCAUGAAGGUGGACCUGUCGCCUAGCAACGCCGCGGCGCCCGGUCCAGGAGAAAGCGGCUCCGACGCCAUCAGACAUUUCCUCAUCGAGUCCUCGGCCAAAGGCGUUCGCAUCCGCGGCUCGUCCCAGGAACCGUACUUUGGAAGCCUCUCUGCUCUCGUCUACCAACACACCGUGUCGGCGUACGGCCUGCCCUGCAAACUCCUGCUGCACUCACAAGAGCUGGGAGCGUCAGACGAGAGAGCCAAUGACAGGACGGCGUCCGAGGACCAAACCAGAACAGCCUGUAACUUCGUGUACCUGGACGCCGUUGCCACGGAGACGCUGACGGGCCCGUGCGCGGUGCAGCGCGCCGUGACGGCGCUGCUGGAGAAAGUUCCGGGCUCCUUCACCCCGACCGUCGUCAACCUGAAGGUGUCGCCCAAGGGCGUCACGCUCACCGACGUCAACAGGAAGCUCUUCUUCAGGCGUCAUUACCCGGCUCACCUGCUGAGCUAUGGCGGCGAGGACCCCGACGGCCGGCUGUGGUGGCGAGGCUCCUCCUUCGGCGCCAAGACCUUCGGCUUCGUGGCGAAGAGCGCCGAGGCCGGAUCGGAGAACGUGGUCCACGUGUUCGCCGAGUACGACCCGCUGCAGCCCUGCAGCCGCGUGGCGCCGCUGAUCCAGGCGGCCGCCGCCGCCAGGGCGUAGAGGCGCCGCGCCCUAGA